CCAAACGCUCUCUCUGUUUCCUAUCUGCGAGACCUCAAACUUUGUCUUCCGUUGUUUGCCCACAAAAAUUCUGUGUUUCGUUUCCAUUUUAUCUGUAAUAUCUUGGGUUCGUUCUUAUUUUUGGCGGGAAAGAUGUCUGGAAAAGGCGCGAAAGGUUUGAUUAUGGGCAAAACCUCCGCUGCUGCCAACAAGGACAAAGACAAGAAAAAACCCAUCUCUCGGUCUUCUCGAGCGGGCCUCCAGUUCCCAGUGGGUCGGAUCCACCGUCUACUAAAGUCAAGGACCACCGCACAUGGGAGAGUAGGAGCCACUGCUGCUGUUUAUUCUGCUGCUAUCCUGGAAUAUUUGACUGCAGAGGUGUUGGAGUUGGCUGGAAAUGCAAGCAAGGAUCUUAAGGUGAAACGUAUUACCCCCAGACACUUGCAGCUUGCUAUCCGUGGUGAUGAGGAACUUGAUACCCUGAUCAAGGGAACCAUUGCUGGCGGUGGUGUGAUUCCGCAUAUCCACAAGUCACUCAUUAACAAGUCAUCCAAGGACUAGACUAUACUGGGCUAUUGCUUGUAGAGAUUUGCCAAGUCUCUAUCUGAGCUGCAUUUCCUUGGUGUGAGCCUGAGACUAAAAUUAUAAAUUUGUUAGGUUCUGAUAUGACAGUUAGGUCAUGCAUUAUUGUGUUUAAUUAAUUUGUUGAUACUUAUGCCUAAUCUUCUUUCAGCUGCUGGACUUGGUUUGUUUUUUUUUUCAUUUCUUCUCCUUUUCCAAUAUAUAUGCUGUCAAUAUUGACAUUGGCAUAUUGUUUAGCAGAUUGACAUAGUGGCUGUUGCAUGGUUAACAUAUAUGACCAGCUUUAGGGUUAUUGAUGUAUUGUUUGGAAGUCGUUAUUUUGAGAUUCAGC